AUGGAAAAAGUGUCAAACGAUACAAUUAAAUUUAACUCAAUAGAGCUCAACGUAUCAGCUGUUAUAACAAUUGUUAGUUCUUUGUUGUCAAUAUUUGGAGGUUUAGUAUUAAUUUGGUCAUUCUACGUUGUGCCAUCUACUCGCAAUACUGUUCGGUUGAUGUUAAUUGCUUUAACAUUAGCAGAUAUGAUAUCAGCAUUAGGCUACUUUAUGGCAAGUGUAAGAUGGUUUUCUAUAAGUGUGCAAAAUAGCACUACUGGUGUUCCCGAAUCGGAUGACUUCUGUAAAGCUCAAAGUUUUAUAACGACGUUUUUGAGUAUUGCUUCAUUUCUGUGGACUUCAUUCAUUGCAAUUUAUCUUUUCAUCUGCGUUUGGUUUUCCCGAGUUGUAGAUUUAUCUGGAGUUAAGUUUAUAUGUGUGCAUGUGGUGGCUUGGGGAAUACCAGGGAUCAUAACAACUUUAGCGUUAACAAUGGGCGUUUUAGGACGAAACGAAUCACUAACAGGAAUUAAUGGAGUGUGGUGCUGGCUAGUGGUCACGUCAAAAGAUCACAACGGAAUUGCAUGGAUGAUUUUGGCGGGAAAAGGCUGGGAGAUACUUACAUAUAUCAUCACUGCCAUACUUUAUAUCCUUUUAAAGGGUAAAGGAUUUCUGAAUAAAAGAAGUAGACAACAAUUUCUAUGGAAUCAAAUUAGUGCAGGACUUCGCAGAGAAGAUGAAUUAUUCUGUUUCACUUGGUUGGUUCUGUAUUGUCUUAGAAUAUGGGGUACUAUACGAUUUUUUCUUGACAUUGCAAAGUUUAAUAGUGGACAUGUAGAAAUUGCAUUUCUUAUGUUACAGUCAUAUGGUGAUAGUGCGCAGGCUUUUUGGAACUUUAUUUUAUUUUGUGUUUGUGAUCAAACUGUUCGUUCUUAUAUAAUGAGCCGACAUCUAACUUGUGGCAACACUUCUACAUUACGUAACACGCAUGAUAUUCAACAUAUAGACGAUGAAAAUAGUCCAUUGUUAAGAAAUCCAGAUUCAUGAGUAGCAAAAAAGAUAAAACAUAUUGACACAUGGACGUGUUAUGCCUU